AUGCCCAUCUUCUCCAGACUAGAUCUGCAUGAAGGCCUCCAAACCCUCUCAGUUUUGCAGUGGGUUCCAGUCUAUGUGAUUUUAGGUGCUAUUCCUAUCGUCCUUGGACCCUACUUUCUAAUAUUCAGUGAUUUAUGGCCCUUAUCAGUGAUCAUGUUAGCCUGGCUCAUCUAUGAUUGGAAUACUCACAGUCAAGGUGAUAGGCGUUCAGCAUGGGUACGAAACUGGGCCCUCUGGAAGUAUUUCAAAAAUUACUUCCCAAUAAAGCUGGUGAAGACUCAUGACCUUUCAUCCAAACACAACUACAUCAUUGCCAACCACCCACAUGGCAUUCUCUCUUAUGGUGCCUUCAUCAAUUUUGCUACUGAAGCCACGGGCUUUUCCUGGAUUUUCCCAUCCAUCACUCCCUUUAUAGCAACCUUGGAAGGAAUCUUCUGGAUCCCAAUUGUGCGAGAAUAUGUGAUGUCAAUGGGUGUGUGCCCAGUGGCUGAGCUGGCCCUGAAGAACAGACUGACCAAGAGAGGCUCAGGCAAUGCUGUGGUCAUUGUGGUGGGUGGAGCUUCUGAAUCCCUCUUGUGCAUUCCAGGAUCCACCACCAUCAUCCUCAAAAAUCGUAAAGGUUUUGUCAGGCUGGCACUGAAGACAGGGGCAUACCUUGUCCCUUCCUACUCCUUUGGUGAGAAUGAGGUGCACAAUCAAGCAACCUUCCCUGAAGGAACAUGGAAAAGAUUCCUCCAAGAAACCUGCCAGAAAAUAGGCAAAAAAAUCCUAGGCUUAAAUUUCUGUACCUUCUAUGGCCGUGGCCUCACUAAGGGAUCCUGGGGCUUUCUGCCUUUCAAUCGGCCCAUUACCACCAUUGUUGGGGAACCCCUGCCAAUCCCCAAGAUCAAGGAUCCAGACAAGGAGACAGUGGACAAGUACCACACACUCUAUAUCAGUGCUCUGUGCAAGUUGUUUGACCAACACAAAGUUGAAUAUGGCUACUCUGAGACCCAGGAGCUGAAAAUAAUAUAA